GCAGUUCCCACUGCCUGACGCGUCGCGGGACUAUGCCUAUGGUCAUUAUAAACGAAUUAACCCGUUGAAAAUGGCGGAGCCAUCAACGGAUAAUGUUAUAUCCUGCUCUAUAGAGGAGACCAAUGCGUUAAGGUUGAAACUAGGUCUAAAGCCCUUGGCUGUUGGAGAUACCAAGGAUUCCAACGAACACAUCCCCGCCAAAAUCGAGCCGUCUAAUCCCGGGAUAGCGGACGAAGAUGAUGAGAAUGUACAAGCACGAAAGAGAUUGAUAGAAGGCGAAAGUGUUGCCGAUAUACUGGCUAGAGGUGGCUCGUUGUCACCGCUAGGGGCCAGUGAGGAGCCAAAUGAAGACGACGGAGGCUAUAGUUCCCUGGACGUUAAAGCAUGGUCCAAGCGCAUGUCAAAUCUACGUGCACGUAAUAAAGUUGGUGUACUAAAUUACAGCGACGAUGAAGACAAUGAUCCAAUGCCCAAGACAGUGGAGAAGUUACCAAGGGAUACAGCAGUGCCUAAACUAAAAGUACUACACAAAGUAGAUGAGUUGGCCCUGGACACCGGAAAGGAAGUAGUUCUGACGUUGGCUGACGUGGGAGUGCUGGAAGCUGAAGACGCAGGCGUUGCUGAGGUUAACUUCCUGGAACAGCCGGACAUCGCAGCAAGGAAACCUAGUAAGAAUAAGAAUCAAGGUGGUGUACCACAGGAGUACAACGCUUAUGAUGAAGAUAAUGAUAUAGACGACAUGACCCAAGGACAACGAGAUAUACUCCACAAAUAUGACAAAGCAGUGGAGGAGUACCAAGGAGCUACAUUGGCAAAUAUGGCAUCGUCAAAACAAGGUUUCUAUCUGAACCUAAAUGAGAAUGAGGAACACAAAAAAGUAAUUGAAACCAUGCUUACGAAACCCACGGAGGAAAGCUUUGAAUUUGGCAAUUUCCAACGUAAGAAGAGUAUCCUAAAGAACAGGGAGAAGCAAGUUAACUGGAACAAGGUAUUUGGAACAACUAGUAGCUCAACUGGAAAUAAGGAAGAUAUAGAAAAAGAUAACGAACCCAUAUCGCAGAUUGUCAAAAGAACGGUGAUGGAUAUGGAUGACCUGGAGGAAUGCAAUAUGCUGUACAAUAAACUAGCUAAACAUCGCAGCCGAGUUUUGGCCACCGUCAAGGAUGAGCCUGUAGAACCAGUAAAAACCAGUAUCAUAGAUACUGGUGGGUUACAAACGCAAUCUGCUGGGUUCCAUAUCAAUGCCACCUCGGAGUUGGUAAAGGCAGUAAAGCCAAUGCACAACUCGGGACCCGUGGAUAAACCGACAAGUACCAAGUGGCAGAAUGAUGCACUGGAAAAUACAGAGGCACAAGUAGAUUAUCCAGAGGGUAGUCUGGACUAUGACGAGCCCAUGACCACAGGUAUAGCAGGAGCCUUGGCAUACCUCAAGGAUAAAGGUGAUAUAAUAGAAAAAAAGAAGGAUCUGGAAGGUGUUGGUAACGAUAUAACAUUGCAAUAUUUCGAUGAAUAUGGAAGGAAAAUGACACCCAAAGAAGCAUUCAGGCAAUUGUCAUGGAAGUUCCAUGGAAAGGGGCCUGGACUCAAUAAACGCGAACGAAUUAUCAAACGCAUUGAAAAGGAACGACAAUCGAAGCAAAACCCAUUAGAAGGGUUGCCAACGAUGAAGGCACUGCUGACACACCAAGCAGAAUCCAAGUCAUCGCACCUAGUACUCAGUGGAAAUAGUAACCAGUAGGCAUAGAUUAACGGGGUUGUGACAUGCGCUGCUGCGCUUGGUUACGGAGACCGGCAACGUAAGCCUUCAA